AUCGACAGAAUCUGACAGCAAGCAAAUUUUAAGAUGAGCCUUAAUGUAUCGUCAACGAAUAUGACUUCUGUUCCUCCCACCGAAGCAGUUCAAGUUGGCCAUGGUGACGCCGUCUGGAUUUUGACUAGUGCUUUCAUUAUCUUUACCAUGAUCUCUGGAUUCGGACUAGUUGAGUCAGGUAUGGUAUCUAAGAAAAAUGAGACCAACAUUAUGGUAAAGAAUGCCCUGGAUGUGAUUUUCGGUGGCCUCUCCUAUUGGAUAUUUGGCUUCGCUUUCAGUCGGGGAGAACCAGACGAUGAACAUGGUAAAUACAAUGCAUUUUCAGGAUCAGCAAACUUUUUUGCUGACGCAAGCCGGUCAAGAAUGGGAGGCGUGUUCGCUUUGUAUUUCUUUCAAGCAUCUUUUGCAACAACCGCAACAACGAUUGUGUCAGGUGCCAUCGCAGAGCGUGCAAAUUUGCAAGCUUAUAUGGUCUUCUCUUUCACGAACACGUUGGCUUUCUGUUUUCCAGCUUACUGGGUUUGGGGAGAGCACGGCUGGCUGAAAGAGCUUGGAGUGAUAGAUGUGGGUGGAGCCAGUCCUGUACACCUAGUGGGUGGGGUUGCUGGCUUGGUGGGGACCAUCAUGCUAAGGCCAAGACGAAACAAGUACAAUGACAAUGGCUUGACACUAAAAAUGGCUUCUCCGACCAAUGUUCUGUUGGGUAUGUUCAUGCUCUGGUGGGGCUGGCUCGGUUUUAACUGUGGAAGCACAUUUGGAGUCAGUGGUGGUAAAUGGAAGCUUGCUUCUCGGUCUGCUGUCUGCACACUGAAUGCCUCUAUUGGUGGCGGCAUCUUUGCCCAUCUGUUUAGUGUCUUUUAUUUGAAGCGUGUUGAUGUACCAACUUUCAUGUCUGGAAUUCUGGGUAGUCUAGUGAGUAUCACGGCAAUAUGUGCCGUUGCCAGGCCUGGGGAAAGCAUUUUCAUUGGUUUCAUUGGUAGUGUGAUCUCAGUGAUGGGGUGGCUUUUGUUGGAGAAGUUUAAUAUUGAUGAUCCUGUCGGCGCUAUCUCAACGCAUGCUGGCGGGGCCAUUUGGAGUAUGCUUGCUGUCGGCUUGUUCGUCGAACAAGAUCGCCUAGAAGAUUUCUCAGAGACAUACGGUGUUUUCAAAGGUGGCCAUUUCAGAAUUUUGGGAGUUCAGCUCCUGGCAUGCUCAACAAUUGGACUGUGGGCAGCCGUGGUUGCAUUUUUGCAGUUUUUCAUCAUUGGAAAGUUUAUACAUUUCCGAUUUUCUGAAUAUGAGGAGAAACUGGGUGCUGACUUCUGUGAACACGCUGUAGAUCACAGCACGGAGCGAAAGACACCAAAGCAGCUUCAGAAGCUUGAACGGAUGCGUGCAGCAUUGGCAAUAAAGAAUAAAGUUGCACCUGCCAAUAGUCCAGCUGGAUAUCCUCAAGAGAAAAACCUACGAUUUACUCUGUUCCAAACAAUAGUGGGGGCCUUAUGGAGUGCACAGCGAAGCACGCGGGUCAAUCAGUUACAGGCAGAAGAAAAUGAGAAAGGUCACUCAAAGUUAAGAUCAGUGGCAUCUGUCCUUAGGGGUGGUGGAAAUUUCACUCAAGUCUCUGAAUUUCAGGAAGAGAAAUUAGGAGAGGGUGAGGCCUUUGCUGAAAAUAGGAAAGGUGUGGCAAGGUUUAGGGCCAUAGCGCUUGCUUUGAGAGGUGCUCAGCAGAUGAGGAGAGUUACUCAGUCACCGGCAGAGCAGGAGGGAAAUUCUGAUGAUGACCAUACAAGAACUUAAGCAAGGUUCAGACCUGUGGCAUGAGCAGCAAGGGGUAUUCAACACAAAGCAAACACUAUUCAAGUAAAAGAGGCAGCAAAUUCUUAUAACCAAUCUUAAGUUGUUGAUGAUUGUCCUUAAGUUAUAAAUCUGUUGUAAAAAAGAGUAAA